AUGCCACCUAAGUUCGACCCCAGAGGGAUCAAAGUCAAAUACCUGAGGUACACUGGUGGGAAAGAUAAUGUCACAUCUGCCCUGGCUCUCAAGAUCUCCCCAAGGCUGUCUCCAAAAAAGGAACCGCCAGGAGACAGAAAGAAGCAGAAAACCAUUAAGCACAGUGGAAAUAUCACUUUUGAUGAGAUUGUCAACAUUGCCCGACAGAUGCAGCACCGAUCUUUAGCCAGAGAACUCUCUGGAACCAUUAAAGAGAUCCUGGGGCCUGCCCAAUCUGUGGGCUGCAAUGUUGAUGGCCACCACCCUCAUGACAUCAACAGUGGUUACAAUGGAAUGCCCAGCUAG